CUUCUGAUUGCUCUCACCCCCUCUUCUCCUACCCUACUUAGUCCCGCCUCCUCUAAAUAUAACCCCCUCUAGGCUGAGCUCAGGACUAUUUCUAGACUGGGCAAACGUGCUUUGGGAAGCCAGUGGCCUGGACAGGAGUUGUGAGAGGUGCUGGCUGCUGCCUCUACUCCUCCCCCUUGCCCAGGGCACUACCCAUCUGGCUCCAACCCCCCUGACCACCACACCUGACCAUGCCUGGGGAGGCCCGAGAAGGUAAGAUGCCAUCCUGCCCAUUAUGGUGAGCCCGAGCACUGGGACCAUUCCACCCAGCCACCUCACUGAGGUCAGCCUGCACCCUGUGGAGUCCAUCAGUGACCUGCACAACGGAGCAUCCCUGCAUCCCCACCUGUCCGAUGACCCGACCUCUCAGCAAUGGGAAGAACUCCUGGGCGUACUGCCCCCCUCCCUCUGUGUCCAGGCUGGCUGCAACCCAGCCCACGGGCGCGGGGCCUUCUUAUUGCUGCUGGCGCUGCUCAUCCUCACCUGCCUUGCCCUUGCCAUCCUGGCUGUCUACCUGAGCGUGCUGCAAAGCGAGUCCCUGCGGGUCCUAGCCCACACGCUCCAGGUGCAGGAGGAGACGCUGCUCAAGCUCCGGCUGGCCAGCCUCAACCAGUGGCGACGGCUCAACGGCAGCGACGCUCGGGGCCUCAGCUGAGCGGGGAGCUGACCUUGGUGGCCUCCUCUGCCCCAGGCUCCGGCCAGGGACCCUCUGCCAGUGCUCAAGGACGGUGGCAGGCGACCCCUGCGGCCCGUAAUUAUGUGCCCAACCGCACCCUCCCCAUUUAUGUUUCUUUCUACGGUACAUUUUUUAUAUCAAUAAAUGGCUCAGUCUUAAGCUUGUCCUCACUUACCUAUGAGCGGAUCCCGUAGCCUAUCAAACCAACACAGUCGGAGAGAAAGGCGAGAGAGCUCCCAGCCCCCCGCAGGAUUCUCAAGUUGCCCACCACACAUAGAUCAUGCAAAUAUUACCAUCUGCCUUGGGGAAACUGAGGCACGGGUGGCUUGCCUUUUAUUAGUCACUGGGUUUGAGGCCUAAGAUUUAAAGCCAGUUGUGAGGAAAGCCCCAUAUAGGGUGAAACAUGAAAGGAAGGGGAGGGCCAGAGUGUCUCCCAACUCCCUAGUCCAAGACUUCAGCCGCCAUGCCAGGCCACUAAGGUUGCCCUGUCUAGUAAAGGCGAGGAAGCUGGGGAUCAGGGGUCGCUGGGCCCUAGGUCAAAGCUCCUGUUCAAGGGCCCAAGUAAUAGGGACAGCAUGUUUCUAGAGGCAAUGAAGCAUCUGAAAAGGGAGAGAGGAAGCCUCCCUGCCCCCCCCUCGCAGCCUCUCCUCCUGUCAACACCUCCUGGCCAGGCCGCCACUCACCGCUCCCACUGUCUGCAUCCCACAGAUAGCGGGAGCUCAAGUCUCUGUCUGAGGCCUUCCCAAAAUAGCUGCUCUGCCCUCCCUCCAUGGACCAGACACGUGCUCUGAGCCACCCUGCAGAGGCU